AGCCGCUGCCCCCCGUGCCAGCCUGGAGCGGAUUUGAGUUGCCGCCGGGAUCGCUGUGAAUGCUGCCGGCUGCUAUGAGUCAGCCCCGGGACCACCGAGAGCCGGAGCCGUCCGGAGGCACCGUCCGCCCGCAGCUGGGGCAAAAUGCCACCCCAUUUCUGGACAGUAAUCCUUUUAACAACACACUCCUGCCGUCCCCUGCCAGUCUUCAGCUUGCUCAGCUGCAAGCCCAUCUCACCCUUCAGAGGCUGAAAUUUGCUCAGAGUGCAGUGACAAGUAACACAGCAGCUGCUACAGUCCUCAACCAAGUCCUCUCUAAGGUGGCUAUGUCACAGCCACUCUUCAAUCCUCUUAGAAAUGCCACCAUGAUUGGAGCACAUGGAGUGUCUUCUCUAGCAUCUACCAUGCACAAUGCCAGGUUUCCAUCCAGUGGAGUACCAUUUUCUGCCCAGAAUCAAGCCAUGGCACCCAAACAUCCAAGCCAGAACUCUAUGCCAACGUUUGGAAAAGGCAUGGGUGGAAGCAAGCCUGGAACAUUUUAUAGCGGCUCCAAGGCAUUCAGUGCAGAUAAUGAACAACCUGUGUAUCAUGGCUUCACAGGAAAUACUACAAGCUCAAGUUCUACUGCCGAUGGUCAGUAUGGUCCUAAGCAUGACCAUCCAUCUGGAUAUAAAAAGGAAUAUUUUGAUACACAAGGACAGCACCAAUCCAUGAGCAAGAAAGGAGACAUAGGUCUAGUGCCGCAUGGUAAUACACAAAACAAUCAAUGGGAAUCAUCUCGUGUAUGGCAAUCACCCAAUCAGCAUUACGAAGCCAGAAAUGAGCUCUACAACCCAGAAGAACCAACUCCUGAUACCAAAUUCAGUCCAUCGAACUCCCCAGCUUUCAGCAGACACAAUAAUGGGAAGACAGCAAACUGUGCCACCAACAUGAAGACUCUCCAACCACAUGAACUGAAUGAUUUCCAUGGGAUUCCCCCUUUGCACCUUCCUCACACAUGUACCAUGUGUGACAAAAAGGUCUUUAAUUUAAAGGACUGGGAGCUGCAUGUUAAAGGCAGGAUGCACAUUCAGAAGGUGAUGGGGGUUUCUGAAAAUGCCGGUAUACAUUGUGUGUCCAGCGUGAAUGAUGGGAUUCUAGCACCAUCCAUGAAUACCGACUUCACUCCCGUUGGUAAUGAAGGUUUCCCGGGAGAUGUUGACCAGUUGUACAUGCCUUCUGCCCCAGCUGCUUCCUUCCUUCAGUCUGGGUUGCCCUUCCCUGGACCACCCUCCUCUGCAAUAAAGUUUGCCCAGAGGAAGUCCAACACUGGUCGAGUGGUCCAUAUCUGCAACCUGCCAGAAGGAAGUUGCAAUGAGAAUGAUGUUGUCAAUCUGGGAUUACCAUUUGGGAAAGUAACCAACUAUAUUCUUAUGAAAUCCACAAACCAGGCUUUUCUGGAAAUGGCUUACAUAGAAGCAGCUGAGGCCAUGGUACAGUAUUACCAAGAAAAGCCUGCGAUGAUAAACGACGAAAAGUUACUUAUCCGCAUGUCAAAAAGAUACCAAGAGCUGCAGCUUAAGAAACCUGGUAAGAAUGUUGAUGCCAUUAUCCACGACAUCCAUUCGCAGAGGGAAAGAGAUAUCUUCCGUGACACAGACAGGUAUCGAAAUGAAAGGACGCGCUCCCGUAGUCCUGUGAGUCGCUCUCUGUCCCCAAGAUCUCACACACCGAGUUAUACAUCAUGUAGCUCUACCCAUAGUCCUUUAGGAACAACGAGAACCGAAUGGGGGAAUGGCAGAGAGUCGUGGGACCAGACUGCAUAUGGUCGGUGGGAAGAGGACAGAGAGCAGGGUGCUUGGAGGGACAGCGCUGAGGAGAAGAGAGAUAGAACAGACCACUGGGUUCAUGAGCGGAAGCAUUACUCCCGGCAGCUUGAAAAGUUAGAUUUGGAUGAUCGUACUGAUGCGUCAAGAGGUCACAGGGACAAAUAUGGAAACCCCCAUUCAACCAGAUAUAAAGGCAGAGAAGGAGAAUACUAUAGGAAAGAGUCCAAGUUGAAGUCCGAGGGAAAAUCUCAAGAUAUUUCUGGAAAACCGAAAAGAAAAGAAGAAGGAAAGGUACGGGAUGUUAAGGGAAGUCAUAGUGAGGACAUAAGUAAGAAGGAAAUAUCAGAACCAAAAUCAAUGAAAGAAUGUGACAGUGAGAAGGACACAGACAAGAGCAAAAAAAUAAACUCUUCGGGUGAGGAAGAACUCAAUGAGGGCAUCAAAAAAAGCAAAGACGAAAGGCCGAUUGAUAAAAAAAAGGAAAAUAAUAUCCUUGUUUCUGGUUCAAACAAGCAAGGAAAUAAAUUAGAAGAUGCAAAGACUGAAACUGCAAGACAUAAGGAGGAAGACUGGGAAAGUGGUAGUGAGACUUGGUAUCCAACCAAUAUGGAGGAACUUGUAACUGUGGAUGAAGUAGGAGAAGAAGAUUUAAUUAUAGAGCCAGAUAUCACUGAACUUGAGGAGAUAGUUUCCAUGGAGCCAAAAGAAAGCCUUAAUUGCAUUCAGAUGUGUCCGCAUGGAAUGAGCACAGUGAAUUUGGAAUGCCGAUCCAACCAGUCGUCAAGAAGUGAAUGUUCUUCUCCUCAAGAGGCAUCUAUUGCGAUGAGCUAUGCAUCACUAAGAGAAACUGCAAGUCCAGCCAGUAGCAGUUGUGGUCCUGUUGCAAAUGUCCCAGAUAUUAACAUAAAUACUGAACAGAAAUUGGAGGAGAAAGAGGUGUCCAGUAGAGCAAGUAGCCUCCAUGAGAAGGAAGAUCCAGGGGGAAGCUCUGAGAAUCGAAAUAAAGUCAACGACCUUCAGGCAAAGGACUGUAUAGGAAAUAGAGAAGACAAUUUGGAUACAUGUGUCGGCGUAUAUAACAGCAUGGAUUUGCAAGAAGACAAUAAUGUGAAGCUGAUGAGCAUGCAUGCCCAAGAAGAAAGACAUGACACCAGAGAUCAAGAUCUCUCCAUCUCUGAAGAGAAAUCUCUUGAAGUCCCAGAAUUUGGAUCAAAAGAAAUCCAUUCUUCACCUUCAUGGGAACAAGAUGAUGUUUUUACUGACCUUAGCAUCCCUCUAGGAGUGGAAUUCGUGGUCCCAAGAACUGGUUUCUACUGCAAACUCUGUGGGCUGUUUUAUACGAGUGAGGAAGUGGCAAAAACAUCUCACUGUCGGAGCCGGGUUCACUACAAAAAUCUUCAGGGAUACUUGUCAAGAUUGGCAGACGGAAGCUUAGGUAAAGCUGGAAUGGAGGGCAUAUUGCAUCAAGACGAUGUUGGCAUAGUUCCACAGUUUGAGAGAAAUCGGCCCUGACGCAAACUAUAAGCUGCUUGGAGGAAAAAAUUCAAGAAAAGUGCCAAUAAAGGACAAGGCCAGGUUAUUUUAAAGGAAUACAAUAACUCUGGAACCAAAAACAGGAGGAGACAUCCUUUAUCCAUUUAAAUCUGCUAUACUGCCGAGAGAAUGUAUGCAAAGGCAGAACCAGACAAGCAGAAAAUACUUAUUUUAUAUGAUUCUUUUCUAUAGUUGCUCAAAUAAGAACCAGUCCUGUUUAAUAGGCCUAUAAAUGUUUUUUAUAAUAUUUACAUUAACAUUUCCAUUCUGAAUUUAGCUGUAGAAUUCUUCUAUGAGGUUAUCUUUUUAGGAUGGAUCUAUGUAUUUUCUGCAGUAAAGGGGGAAUCAUAUGUUGUCUCUUAAUCCAAUGUCAUUCAGGGAAAUCAUGUUUUAUCAAUUCAAAGUGAAAUAAUUGGUAUUAUCCAAAGGGAAUCUGGAUUAGGGAGUUUAGAAAACAAGGAUCUUUGCUUAAGAAAAACAAGUCAUACACUGGCUCAGAUUGAAAUGUUGUUUAUUGUAUUUCAAGAUAACCCACCACGAUGUGCAAUUUAGGUUCCACAGCUAGUUGUGCAUCUACCCCAAAAGGUAUUUACGACGGGGCCCGGAGAUUCUUCAGUACCAAAUACAUUUUAAAAUGUUAAUGGUUUAUUGCAGGAAAUGUUAAUAUUAAAAAUAUUUAUGAAAGGUUGGCACUAGGGGUUCUUGGCAGUAAAAAUCUGUUAGCAGUAAUACCUAGUUAGAGAAAGGUUGCGAAACAGUGGAUAAGACAGCAUGGAUGCCUGGAGGUAUAUUUUGUAUAGCUUUGAAAAGAUUUGUCCUUGCUAAAUUAUGACUUUCGGAAUUCCUAAAAUAUGGGCUAAGGACAUUGAAUCCAGAUUAUGAGCCGUAGGAUCUCAGUGCAGAAUGUGAAAUUGUGAUUUCUAAUGUAACAAGUGCAUAUGCUUUGCACCCUUGAGCACCAAUGUGUCUAUCUAAUGAAAUAUGCAUUGUAUCAGGGAGAGGAUUUUUCUUUAUUUUUUUAAUCAGAAUUUUCUUUCUCUUUUUUUUUUUAAUAAGAAUUCUCAGGGAUUUUUUUCUAAUAUAAUGUAACUAGUAAUUAUAACUUAUGUAAUAAGUACCUCACUUUGUGCAAAUGUUCAAAAGAGUGAUAUUAUAUGGGUUUCAGAUGUUUAUAGUAAGUUACAAUCCUAUAUGGUUAAAAAAAAAAAAAAAAAAAGAUUACACAACCUGUGUACUUAUUACUUGCUCAUUAGUUUUCUAAAUUUUAAAAAGUAUUUUAGUGUAUGCCUCACUGUGAGAAGACUGCAAGCCAAAGCAUUUCAAGCACAACAUAACAUUAGUGUUGUUCCAACACUAUAUUUUGGCAUAGGAAAAUGUAUACACUAGACUAGACUUUAAAGGUUUAAUAGGUCUGGCCAUCCUGCACCUCUGCAACAGUUUUUGGGCUACAACUAUAUGCUCCACAGCCAGUCAUAAAUAGUAGUCACAGUGUGACAAAAGAUGAAGAGGCACAUUUCCCCAAACCAGCAAGAUAAAUCUGGACAGAAAACUCACCAUGUGUCUUGACCACAGUAAAACAAAAACACUAUGGUAUUAUAUAGGUUCUGUAAUAGCUAUUUAUUAAACUAAAUUAAUAAAUCUUCUCCCAGGGGUAACAACAAACAAAUGAAAUUUCUAGUGUGCAUUUUAGUUAUAUUGUUUGGGAUGGAAUCUAAACAUCAAUUAAGAAAUUAAAUGCACAUGACACAUCUAUUAGGAGAAAAGCUAUAUGCGAUUUUGCUGUUUAUGUAAAUGAAUAACCUUUAAUAAAUUGAAAUUUGGACAAAGAAGGUAAAACUAUAAAACUAAAUAUAAAAGAAUGUCAGUUGAAAAUAGCGUAUUCAUUGUGAGCUCUGACUUUGAUCCAGCAAUACACAGGGAAAAACAACAGAAAUGCAAAGCUUUCCAUAAGUUGUUCAGUAGUUCUUUUAUGAACUGUCUGAAAUUAACUCGCAUACUAUGUUAUGGAAAAACAAACAGGUUAAAAGAGAUCCACAAAUCCACUUGAUUUUUAAUUCGACAUAAAAUUAGCCAAAUUGGAAAACUUCUUUAAGCCAGCUUUGCUUCCAGUUCAGCUACAUUGGCCUUAAAUUGGCCUUAAAUUAUCUUUCGGCUCUCAUUUUAGGGAAUUAUUCUGUAAGAGUGGCCCUUUCUAAAGUCCGACGCUAUUGUCCUGUAACGUUCUAUAAAUGUGUAGACCCAAAGCAUUACAUUGUUUAACUAGUAAACAAUAAUUGGUGAUAAUGUCAAUUCCAGUACAUGAAGUAAAUAUAGCAAAGUAGCAAAAUAUAGCUCGGCUAUUCUGUCUAUGCUAUUUUAAUUGUUUCUUUUUUUUUAAUUCCUGAACAAACAUAAAUUAUUAUUUAAUUUAAAAUAAUUAUUAAUGUAUAAUUUUGCCUCUACAACAUAGUCUGCACUCACAUUUGUUCAGUGUCUGAGUCCUUUAUUUUAUCUAAGA